UUGACAGUGUUCAAAAAGACUGUGUUUAUAAAAUAAAACCUCUUUGUUAUUAUGAUUUUCAAAUACACAUAAGAAAAUCAACAAAACAACUUGAAUCUAUGAAAAAAUGACUGAAAUCUUGAAUAUUUGUCCACAAUUGUAUCAAACACCAUCCGAAGUUGUUCUUCAGCGUCGAAGAGCAUUUUAUUCAUUCCAUAAAGUGAAGAAAGAGCCCGUUUUAGAGUGGCUUCGGCGACUCAAAACAUGUAUAGGUGGCUGUGACUUCGGCAUAUUGGCCAAUUUUCUUUUGAUUGAUAAGUUUAUCUGUGAACUUGACAUCGAUGAAUUGCACGAGUUAAAUUAUAUUGGUACGUUAUCAUUGGAUCGACUCUUGGAGGCCCUUGAAGAUCAAACCAUUUAUAUUGAAAAUGAUCUUAACGAAGAUGAAGCAUUUGUGAAACAAAGCAACGAUCUGAAUGGGAUACUAGAAUUAAAAUUAGAUGUUGGAAAUGACAAUAUAUUCGAUGACAGAAAUAUAGACAGCAGUGACUCGGAAGACAACAAACAAAUCUCUGAAACAGAACGUGAAUUAGCGGCAAAAGAAAAACAGCCGGAAAGAAGGAAGAAUACAAAAAAAACCUACACCGAGCCAUCUGUGUUGAAACCGGGACAGCAAAUUAAAGGAUUUAUUGUUGAUGAAGAAAAUCGGUUUCACUGUUUGGAUUGUGGCCGGAAAUUUGCACGCAAAUGCUCCUAUAUCCAACACAGCAGACUUCACACCGGCUUGAAUCUCUUUUCCUGCACGAUAUGCAACAAGGUAUUCUGUAAGCCAAGUCACUUGAAGGCUCAUCUCAGAAUACAUGAACGUGAACGACGUGCUGGAAGAUCAUUCGAAUGCCAUUUGUGUAGAUUCCAGUUUUUGGCCGUGCAUGGGCUCAAAAUCCAUAUGAAUUUGAAGCAUGUAUCGGGCGUGAAAAAUGCAUACCAGUGCAAGCACUGCAACGAAGUUUUUAUGAAACAAAUGGAGUUGGACAAUCAUCUUCGAUCGGUUCAUCAAUUGAAUGUGUCACAUAAAUGUCCCCACUGUAGCAGAGAAUUCGACGAACUUCCGCAUAUGAAGGAGCACCUCACAAUACACUCGGAAGCCAAGCCGUUUAUGUGUGAAAUUUGUGGGAAUGCAUUCAAGACGAAGAAACAACUGCACAUGCACAUGACAAAGCACACGGAUGAAAGACGAUUCAAGUGUGGCGAAUGUGGUCAAAUGCUGAAAUCUCGAUCCAACUAUAAGAAUCACAUGCGUCAACACACAGGAGAGCGUCCCUUCAAGUGUACACACUGUGAGAAAACAUUUGUACAGCGCGCGAAUUACUUGAAACAUCUUCGUUGGCACAGCGGAGAUAAGCCACAUGGCUGUACGUAUUGCGAAAAGCGAUUCCCAACGUCAUACGAUAAGAAACUUCACGAGAAUAGUAUGCACACGGGAAACAAACCGUUUAAAUGUGAAAUGUGUGAUCGAGCAUUUGCACAACCGAGUACAUUGCGAGUGCAUAGGCUACGAGUACACAAACAAACAAAGCCUGAUAAUGUUAAUGGAAUUUAGUUUUUUUUUUCAUUGAUAACAUGUAUUCUGUAUAUUUAAAUAAAUCUGACAAUCCGAUCCGUUU